AUGGAUUCGAAAGAAUCAACUUCAAGCGAUUCUAAAAAGAAAAAGAAUGUUAAUAAUCUAUUGAAAUCGAAGGUGAAGAAAGUCAAAAUAAAAAAAGGAGCCGUAUCAGUUAAAAGUUUACAAAAUAAAAUCACAAAGGAGAAACAAACCAGAAAAAAAUAUUCUUCAGAAGCUUUAGAGAGAGGUAUUUUAGCUGUGAAACAUGGAGUAAAUCUUCGAAAAGCAGCAAGUGAGUGUGGAGUGCCAGCUUCAACUUUGUGUAGAAAAGUGAAUUGCCCAAAUAAAAGUGAGAGAAGAUCAGGUCCACCAACAGUUUUAUCGGAAAAUAUUGAACAUAAUAUAGUAAAUUGGAUGAUUCAUAGGUCGAAAACUGGAUCUCCAGUUAACAAAAACGAACUUUUGGAUUCUAUUCAAUCUUAUUUAAACUUCGAAAGAAAAGAAACUCCAUUUAAAGAUAACAGACCGGGUCGCAGUUGGUUUGACCAUUUUAUGAAACGAUAUCCAAAUGUAACUGUGAGGAAAGCUCAGAAUCUAACAGCUGCGCGUGCAGCAGUUACAGAAGAAGAUCUACGGGAGUGGUUUGAAGAGAUCCGUCUUUACCUCGAAGAAAAUGCAUUAUUGAAUUUACCUCCUUCAAACAUUUUUAAUUGUGAUGAGACCAGUAUGGAAUUGUGUCCAGCUACAACAAGAGUAUUUGCAGAAAAAGGGUCGAAAACUGUGUAUAAUAUUAUUGAUGGGUCUGGCAAGGAAUGUUAUACAGCAUUAUUUAUGUUCGGCGCAGAUGGAAGACGAGCUCCACCAAUGCUCAUGUUCAAGGGUAAAACAAAGAUUUCCAAAAAUAUUCUACAACACACACCAAGCGAUUGGGGACUUGGAAUAUCCGAAAAUGGCUGGAUGACAGCAGAUAGUUUUCACGAAUAUUUCACUAUGGUUUUUUAUCCUUGGCUUACAAAAGAGGACACAAAGUUUCCUAUACUUGUGUAUAUGGAUGGCCAUGCCUCGCACAUAUCGAUUCCUUUAUUGUCUUUUUGUAGAGAAAAACAAAUUCAUCUGAUUUUAUUAUUUCCAAAUUCUACUCAUCUGAUACAACCUCUUGAUAUUGCAUAUUUUCAUCCAUUGAAAAAUUUGUGGAGAGAAAUGGUUCCAAUCUGGAAGAGAACAAGUAAUGCUUCUGAAGUGACGAAAGAAAAUUUCCCAGCUGUUUUAAAAUUGACAGUAGAUUCUUAUAAAGAUGAAGCUAAAACAGUUAUUAGUGGAUUUAAAAGAGCUGGAUUGGUUCCUUUCAACCCUGAUGCUGUCAACUACAAUAUUUUAGAUAAAAGAAAGGAAAGUGUCCAAAACUAA